UCUUAUCAAUAUAAUAGAAAAUCUUUGCUGUGGAUCAGGCGCUGUCAGGUGCAAAGCUGCUAAUGACACUGCCGCAGCUCCGUUAAAAGUACAGAAUGUGCCACGAACGAAGAACAAGAGCUGCUUUCUGAUUCUCUCCGAGGAGAGAGAGAGAUCAACCAUGGCCAGCUGGCGGAGAGAGAGCCCGCGGAUCCGGGCAGGACAGGGAGGUAGCAGCCUGAGAACAGCGAGGAAGCCCCGGCAGAAAAAUCCAUCCAGCGAGGUAGGGGACGCGGGCGAAUCAAUGACAGAGCUGCCACAAUUGUUACGGCUUUAUUUCUAUGGAAUGCACGGUGUCACUUUGGAUAUUCUCCUGUCGUCCGCACAGGGGCUUUUGGCUGACAGCGACCCCAAACUGUUCGGCUUUUCCUCCCCGUACCUCUGCAUCAUGCACUCGCUGACCCAUUUCUUGCUGGAAAAAAUAUAUUCGCAAAAGAAGUGCUUUCAAGGACGCCCAGUAGUUUUUCACCUUGUUUUCUAUCCCUCUGUGUACAUCGGGUUGCAGAUCCUGAUUGGGAAUAUUAACACGCUGACCGAGCACGUUAGAAUAGUCUCUGCCACUCAUCUCGUAGUUCACUACCUACUGGCCCUGUACUUCACCCAAGUUUUCCACAAGGGGCUUGCGCGGCUGCGCUACCACUGCCCCGGGAAACGGACCAUGUCUACCCCGGCAGAGCGCACCCUGGAGUCGCUGCCUAAUAACGGUCUGCCCGAUGUUGUGCGAUUCCUCUUCUUUGGAAUGCACGGCUUUCUGGACGAGAUCAUUUUUACCUCGAUAUUCAACCUUGUGGAGAAUUUGGACCGGACCAUGAGCGGCCACACGUCCCUGUGGUCCUUCCUGAUGUACGGGAGCUGCAGCUUCGUGGUAGAGAAACUCUACCUUCAUUUACGCUUCAGACGGGGUUGGAGCACCUGGAGGCGGCUCCCCAUCUAUAUCUGCUUCAUCUACACCUGGGAGUUCUGUUGGGGGCUGGCGCUGCGGCAGUACGGCGCAUGCUCAUGGGAUUAUUCCCACUAUCCAUUCAACUUCAUGGGCCUGAUCACGCUCCUCUACCUGCCCGGAUGGGUCUGCAUCAGUCUCUACCAGGAUAUUCUGUCCAACGUUCUGCUGCGCGUGGUUGUGUGUGCCAAAGACGAGGAGUGAGGGCACUCAGGGCAGGGCGCUGACAUCAACGUAUGUCCUGUGUCCAGGAAAGGCAACUGUAUUAUAGGCCUAGGCCACAAUUGAUUUAGGGACUAUUGAUGCUAAUACAAAUAAAGAAGAUGACAUUUAAGAUGAUCAAUUGUGUACCCGCACUUUGUAAAAAAAUCAUGUGUAUUUCCCCAGUGGAAAUGUGGUUAUUGAUGUAGCUGUUUAGACAGCCUCUUUUUAUCAGUGAUUCUAACGACUAGCCUAUCAAUUUGUUACAGGUAGCCUAAACACACAGGCAUGCCUUGCCUGGCAUGUGACGACACAUAGACAUACCUUCUGCUGUGAUGACAACUGCUAUUUCUUACUUUGAUGCAGAUGAAACAAUAAUAUUUUACACUUCAUUUGCUUGCUCAUGGUUUUAGAGCUGUGAAUUAUUUAAACUAUAUUGACAAAGUCAGCCAUAUUGCAUGGCAGGCACCAUUUGACUUGUUUGGUCUCUUCAAUCCCAGAGCAUGCUUUGAGCUCAUUUCUGCAUGGCUGCAUAUGCACAUUCACGAUCACUUAAUUGCUUAAGUCUUAUUUUCUUCAAAAAAUGCAUGACAUUUGGAAAUAAAAUGGGUUCUAAAAAAGUUCAAAAUGUAUGUAGCAAGGAGAUCGAACGAACGGGUCGUGGACUGACUUAAUUUCACUGUGAAUAGUUUUCUGAACCAAACCUUAACCUUACUGUGUUGGAGUGCCUUUCUGAGCAAACCUACAGACAGCUGGACUAAAGACAAACUGAACUACACUGUGGGCCAGUUUCCCUCUAGUCAUGGUUGACCUAAAAAAGGAAGCUCAAUGGGGAAUUGAAAGUGCUUUUUAGUCUACAACUGUAGGCUUAAUCUGGGUCAUGUAAACAGACAAUGUGUGCCAGUCAGACAGACCCUGAGGAUCAGAUUUAACCUUCUCCCUUCUUUACAUAGGGACAUCUCCCAAACUGAACUACACUGUGGGCCAAGGUUCCCCCCUAAUCCUGGCUCAACUAAAAAAACAAAGCUCAACGGGGAAUCUCCAGCCCCCAGGCUUGUUUACCUAACGUUUAUAUAGCAGCGGCGUACAUGUCAGCGUUUUAUGGUUUACACUCGACAGGUUUUAUCUGGAGUGGGCAAUAUCAGGAGUCAGCAGACCUGGGUUCAAAUACUACUUGAAAUCUUUCAAGCACUUUCACUGUUUGUUUUCACCUGCCUGGAGUGCCAGAUGGAUGGGUUUUGGAGUUUGAAUGUUUUGUGACUAUUGGAUUGGUUCCACACCAGGAAAGCUCAAGCAAGCCUAGCAAAAAAAGUAUUUGAAAUUAUUUCAAAAUAGUAUUUGAAUCCAGGUCUGGGAGUCAGGUGUGGAGCAUGUAUAGUAUAAUUACUUGGGAUCAACCUCCAUGUAUCCUUUGUCCUUUGGCAUUGAUCUUUCUGCCUGUUUUAUUUCCUUGUUUGCACUUGUACCACACGGUAAAGUCACCAUGUUCUCUCUGAGGGACCAAACACAUACUGUAUGUGUGAAUACCUGGCACUGUGACUUCACUAGCAACCUGUUCCAACAUUAUACUCUUUCCGUUUUAUACUCUCUCCGUUUGGAAACGUAUAGUUUUAGCUCUACUCAUUUUAUGAUUCUCUAGCAUGUUUUUAAUGCAUUUUAUUGCCUGCUGUCGUCAGUCCUGGGGAUUCCGUGAAACUAAGGUUGGAGGUAACUGAAAGCUGGUACUGAUGAGUAAUACUAGUGCAGGGAAAAAUAUCUUAUAACGUUAUUGAAAUAUUUCAACUUUUACACAUGUUGAUUUUUGUCAGAUGAUUACGAAUAUGUCAUGCCGUGAGAGUUUCCCUUGCCUCCUCAAACAAACAAUACCUUCCACUCUUCUGGAGACUGACACUGGACUGAUUGAAAUAACAAGAUUAUUUUCCUUGUGGUUUGUCAUUUCAAAAUGGUGGGCUUUUGUUGUGGACGAUGCAAAAGAAGGAUACACAUGGGCCAACAGUGACUGCCUCAGUGAUGAUGAAUAGGACCAGGAGUUUCUUUCCUGGUUACAGUGCCUUGCAAAAGUAUUCAACCCCCUUGGCAUUUUUCCUAUUUUGUUGCAUUACAACCUGUUAUUUAAAUUAUUUUUUAUUUGGAUUUCAAAAUAGUCCAAAUUGGUGAAGUGAAAUGAAAAAAAUUACUUGUUUCAAAAAAACAAAGGUGGUGUGUGCAUAUGUAUUCACCCCCUUCGCUAUGAAGCCCCUAAAUAAGAUCUGGUGCAACCAAUUACCUUCAGAAGUCACAUAAUUAGUUAAAUAAAGUCCACCUGUGCGCAAUCUGUCACAUGAUCUGUUACAUCAUCUCAGUAUAUAUACACCUGUUCUGAAAGGCCCCAGAGUCUGCAACACCACCAAGCAAGUGGCACCAUGAAGACCAAGGAGCUCUCCAAACAGGUCAGGGAAAAAGUUUUGGAUAAGUACAGAUCAGUGUUGGGUUUUAAAUAAAUAUCUGAAACUUUGAACAUCCCAGGGAGCACUAUUAAAUAUAUUAUUAAUCAAAUUGAAAGAAUAUGGCACCACAACAAACCUGCCAAGAGAGGGCUGUCCACCAAAGCUCACAGAUCAGACAAGAAGGGCAUUAAUCAGAGAGGCAACAAAGAGAUCAAAGAUAACCCUGAAGGAGCAGCAAAGCUCCACAGUGGAGAUUGAAGUAUCUGUCCAUAGGAUCACUUUAAGCCGUACACUUCACAGAGCUGGGCUUUACGGAAGAGUGGCCAGAAAAAAAGCCAUUGCUUGAAGAAAAAAAUAAGCAAACACGUUUGGUUUUUUGUAAAAGGCAUCUUGGAGACUCCCCAAACAUAUGGAAGAAGGUACUCUGGUCAGAUAAGACUAAAAUUUUGGCCAUCAAGGAAAACGCUAUGUCUGGUGCAAGCCCAACACCUCAUCACCCUGAGAACACUAUAAGCAUGGUGGUGGCAGCAUUAUGCUGUGGGGCUGUUUUUCAUCGGCAGGGACUGGGAAACUGGUCAGAAUUGAAGGAAUGAUGGAUGGCGCUAAAUACAGGGAAAUUCUUGAGGGGAACCUGUUUCAGUCUUCCAGAGAUUGGAGACUGGGACAGAGGUUCACCUUCCAGCAGGACAACGAACCUAAGCAUAAUGCUAAAGCAAUACUCAAGUUGUUUAAGGGGAAACGACACUAAGCAUAAUGCUAAAGCAACACUCAAGUUGUUUAAGGGGAAACAUUUAAAUGUAUUGGAAUGGCCUAGUCAAAGCCCAGACCUCAAUCCAAUUGAGAAAUUUGUGGUAUGACUUAAAGAUUGCUGUACACCAGCGGAACCCAUCCAACUUGAAGGAGCUGGAGCAGUUUUGCCUUGAACGGGCAAAAAUCCCAGUGGCUUAAUGUGCCACGCUUAUAGAGACAUACCCCAAGAUACUUGCAGCUGUAAUUGCUGCAAAUGGUGCCUCUACCAAAUAUUGACUCUGGGGGGGUGAAUAGUUAUGCACGCUCAAGUUUUCAGUUUUUUUGUCUUAUUUCUUGUCUGUUUCACAAUAAAAAAUAUUUUGCAUCUUCAAAGUAGUAGGCAUGUUGUAUAAAUCAAAUGAUUUUACAACCCCUCCAAAAAUCGAUUCCAGGUUGUAAGGCAACAGAAGAGGAAAAAUGCCUAGGGGUGAAUACUUUCACAAGCCACUGUAUGUGGUUGGGGAGAACCUUCUGUCCCUGGUAAAGUUGUGAUCUUAAUCAUAAUUUUUCUUAUAAAAAUUGAUGUUUGGAAAUCAUUGACCAACUGUAUUUAAUAAUACAGAACAAUCAUGUACUAUAUAGCUCACAAUGAGUAAGUAAAAUCAUGUUUAUUUUAGGUUAUAAAUGAGGAAAGACUCAAAUAUUCUUGCUACAGUAUGUCCAUGGUGGAAUUGAAUUGAAUCAAUCACUGUAUGGAUAUAGUGUAGCCUGCAUACUGUACAUUACUUAUAACUACAUUAAAUCUCCAUGUUGAACCACUAA